AUGUUUUUUGUUGGGAUCAUGAUCAUGAUCAUGGUCAAACAUAGACCUUGGGCAGUGCUUUUGUUCACCAUGUCUAUGUUUAUAUUUCUAUUCAUCUCGUCUCUCAAUCGCGUUUCUGGAGAAGACCCUCUUGAUAUAUACUGUCCGAGUGAAUUCCCAUUGUACGACCUCAAUAGUUCGUUCCAUAACAACCUCAACCUGGUUCUGGGGUUGCUUUCUUCCGACAACGCUUCGGAGGGUGGUUUCUACAGCACAUCUGAAGGAGAAGAGCCAAACAAAGUGUAUGGGCAAUCACUGUGCAGAGGGGACGUCACCAACUCCACGGUUUGCAAAGAGUGCAUUGAGAAAGCAAGCCAAGAUGUGAUGAAUAGUUGCAGAAGUGAAAAUGCAAUGAUAUGGUAUAACCUUUGCCAAGUACGCUACUCCUUUCAGAAUUUUGAUGUCGUGGCUUACACUGGGAAGUAUCCGAAGCAGAAUUAUGAGGAGAAGAAUGUCUCUGAUCCAACCCGAUUUAGGGAAUACUUGACUUUUUUAAUGAACAAUCUCUCAAACGAGGCUGCUUUCAAUCCUGGGAGGAACAUGUUUGCGGCUGGGGAAGUUGACUAUCCUGGGAACAAGACAAUUUAUGGGUUGGUCCAAUGUACGAGGGACAUGUCCCCCACAGGUUGUAGUAGUUGUUUCAGUUCCGCCUUCACAGAACUUACUACAUGUUGUUCCUACAGAGAAGGUGGGAUUAUUCUUAGUCGUACUUGCAAUAUGAGGUUCCAGUUGUCUCAGUUCUUCAAUGCUUCUUCUGCAUAUCGUCUGGUUUACCCAACUUCCACAGGAUGGAAAUGGAAGACGUGGAUGUUUGUGUUGAUUAUAUGUGGGUCAAUUUUUACAUUGGCACUUGUUAUUGGGCUUAUUGGGCUGGGCAUUGCUUGCUUCCGAGGAAAGAAAGAUAGAGACCAAGAUGAAGAAAUAAGUGAAAGAACGCUAUUAGAAGAGUUGACUACCCCCAGGCAUGUAGCAGUCACACAAGAAGGUGACUUGAUUAGUUCCGAAGAACUGUUGUUCAUGACUUUAGCUUCCAUCAGGGUCGCUACAGAUGACUUUUCUGAUACAAAUAAGCUGGGGCAAGGAGGGUUUGGUGCAGUGUACAAGGGUGUUCUGCCAGAUGGUAAUGAAAUAGCAGUUAAAAGAUUGUCGAGAAAAUCUUGGCAAGGCAUAGAGGAAUUUAAAAAUGAAAUCGUGUUGAUUGCCAAACUUCAACACAAGAAUUUGGUGAGGCUGUUAGGUUGUGCCUUGGAUGGAGAAGAAAAGUUACUCAUAUAUGAAUUCAUGUCAAACAAAAGCCUUGAUCAACUUAUCUUUGAUCAAGAAAAACGUUCAAAACUUGAUUGGAAGACAUACUACGGUAUUAUCAGUGGCAUAGCGAGAGGACUACUUUAUCUCCACGAGGAGUCUCGCCUUAAAAUCAUUCACAGAGACCUAAAGCCAAACAAUGUCUUGCUAGACCACGAGCUACUUGCCAAAAUAUCAGAUUUUGUGGAUAUAUGGCUCCGGAGUAUGCAAUGGAAGGAUUGUUCAGUGUUAAAUCGGAUGUGUUCAGCUUUGGCGUGGCGACUGUGGAACGAAGGAAAAGAAUUGGACUUUGUGGAUCCAGUGGUGUUGGAAUCAGGCCUGGGCUCUGAAGUUGUAAGAUGCAUGCACAUUGGGCUUCUGUGCGUGCAGGAAAAUCCGGAACAUAGGCCCACCAUGUCCAAUGUGAUGCUUCUCCUGGGAAGUGAAUCAGUGGGUCUUCCCCAACCAAAACAACCUGCUUUUGCUCUGAGUAGGGUGCUUCAUCUCGAUCCAUCUACGACAACCAAUCCUUCAGACAAGGAGAUUGUAUUUUCUGAUAUUUUACCUCGAUGA